AACAGGUAACAUUGUUAACAUUUGGUCAUAAUAAAGAUGUUGACACCAAUGCACAAUAUUGUUGGCAUUUCACCUCUGUUAAUACCACCGCCAGUUAGUAGUGCAAGUCGGACCCAGGCACGUCUUAAGCAUUCCAGACCGAACAUUGUUGCGAUGAGACGCUUACCAUAUAACAUAAAAAAAGGACAGCUUCAGACUUCAGCUUUUCAAACUUAUAUCACCUCGAUUAAAAUUUAUUCUGUGUUUCGAAUAAUUAUAUGUUCCUUGUCUAUGUAUACAAAUAUAAUUUGCUAUCAUCUUCCUGAAAUGACAGACAAAAAGAUUAGACUUGAUGACAAUGGGCCUGGAUUGCCACCUCGCGACGAUGAUGGCAAUGGUGGUAAUGGAGGAGGCGGUGGUGGUAAUUUUUCAGGUGGACUAGUGCUUUUGGGUAUUCUUGGUGUCCUAGACAUUCUUAAAGACAUUGAGAGUGAAAUUCAACGCAAAGUCAAAGAUAGCAGAUUUGAUCAAGCUUGAUAAUGGCAGUGAAAUUACUUGAUAGCUUAUAUACAUUUUAUCAAAAAAAUGGACAGUUAAACUUAGUUAUCGAUUCAGCUUAUGAUAAAAGGGGUGAUAUAUGGUUUUAAAUAAUGAGAUGUGUAAAAAA